UUCAAAUUAUAAUCAUCAAGGCUCUAGCUAGUUAAUUGAGCAACAAUGCCACGUGGCUUCCAAAUUAGAGCAACUUCAAUUACCAUACUUGCCCAUUUGUUAUUCAUAGCAAUAACAACACUUUUGUCAGUUUGGUUGUUUCACUUCCGUGAAGGUGUUGCUUUCAAUUCUUCCAAUAAAAUCAAGAUUUUCAAUCUCCAUCCACUUCUAAUGGUAAUUGGCUUUAUCUUAGUAGGUGGAGAAGCUAUCAUAUCAUACAAGUCAUUCCCUGGAAAAAGAAGCUCGGCAAAGGUGGUUCACCUCUUAUUGCAUCUAAUAGCUCUAGCUUCAGGAGUAUUAGGAAUUAUUGCAGUUUUCAAAUUUAAAAUUGAGGCUGGUCUUCCUCAUAUGUUUACAUUACAUUCUUGGCUAGGCAUGUCAGCAAUAUGUGCAUUUGGUUUACAGUAUAUAUUGGCAUUCUUUGCUUAUUUCUUCCCAGGAGCAGAAAUGUCUACAAGAGCUACACUUUUGCCAUGGCAUAGGUUUAUAGGACUAGUGAUCUUCCUCCUUGCAGUUGGCACAGCUGAGACUGGUUUGGUUGAAUAUUUUAAGUUUCUAGAAUUGUUCCGUAACCAAGAGGCACUUAUAGUCAAUUUCACUGGUCUCUUGCUCUUUCUCUUUGCUGCUUUUGUUAGCCUCACUGUGAUUCUCCCAAGAAAUUUUUGAUAAAUUCACUUACUUUUUUAUUUUAUUUAAUUUUUAUCUA